AGAAAAAACGGGAAAAAAACGAGGAAUCAUCUCAACAUUUUGCUUUAGAGAGAUGGCGGAUUAGGGGGGUUGAGACUGGUUUCAUAUGUCGACAGAAUAACGCACACAGGAGCAGGGAAAGAGAGAGAGGAAGACAGAAGGAGAGGAGAGAAGAGAAGGAGGGGGUUAAGUUCACAAAUUCAAGGAGUUGCAGUUUGAUGGCGUUGUCGGAAGUUUCAAAGAAUGGGGAAAAGAACUAGCCCGCGGGGGAUCAUAAAGGCGAAAUUGAUGACAAAGUGAUGCACCCAAUAUACAUCCAAGGAUUCAAUUAAUGUUGGAAUGACGAGUAUACAGAACUUUGAUGACGCGGUUUGAAUGUAGUUGAAGAAGAAGCUGAGGUUGCAUAUUUUGGAUUCGCGUUUCCAGUGGAAAUCGGGACGGAGGAAAAAAUGUGGCAGACAGAUACAGAAGGAACGAUGUGAGCUGAGACGAGCAGUGACUUUUAUAAUGUGUAUAAUAUUUCAAUCACUUUUGGUUUUUCGCAUUGUCUUUUUUUUAACGUUUCUUUUUCAAGAGCUGGUCGAACGGAGGAAAACUUUUGUUUAUUCCAGAAUGGGCAUGGGACUUUUAUCGAAAUGUCAGCUGUAGUUUGCCGUUAGUUUUCUGGUAACCUAUUUGAAUAGUCUUAAAGAAGAUACUCUGUAGUCGACCUCUUCUCACAAAGAAUGUCUGAUUUUGAGAGAGAUGCAGCGAGCCGUUAUUGGACGCAACAAUGAGGCCUUAUUCUAUUUUUAUUGCAACAAUUGCCAUAAUCGGUAUCCUUGUGGCUUGCAACCUAAAUUCAUUUUCAUUGUAUUUUGCCGUGAAAUAAAUCAAUAAUAUGUUGACAUCGGUUCGAGUUAAGACAAAUAAAAUCAAUAUCUAUUUGAUGGCUUUUUUCCGUUGUUGGUAAAGAUUUUGUUCGGGUUUCCACUCGUACUGUACAGCUCACCCAGGAGGACUGCAUUUUGGUGGAUGAAAGAUUGGAGACCCAUUCUACUGGGGGUCUGGCACAGGACAACGACUCGAAUCAACGCACAGUCCCCGGGACAGGCUGCUCGCUCGAGCGCCCGGUGGUCGCCCUACAUGACACCCCGCACUCAGAAGAUCCGGAUUUUUAAGGAUUUAACUCAAUAACCCUGGAAUCUAAUCUGAUUUACUUUUUUUGUGAGAUAACCCGCAUCGUAUCCUGUGUAGGCUAUGCUAUGCCUGUGUAAACUGUGACCAAGCAGGUAUGCAGUUGAACCGGCCGAAGAGCGCUUUAGUGACGAGCUUCAGCCCGCCGAUGGUCCCGGAGACAGCAGCCAGUAGGAGUACCAGUACGGUUUCCUUCUCCAGACAGUUCAAAACAAUGCGCUUCUCCUACCACAUCAGCAGCGGCAUGCCAAGUCCACAACCACCGCUGCGCGGGAUACGCCCGUCCUCUUCCAGUCCUCGGCUGAUGACUAAGAGCCUGUCUCUGGAUCCUGGUGCUCACGGUGCCUGCCUCGGGGCCCAUGCCGAUGACUCAGACACCCAGACCCCUCGCCUCAGCUCAGACCCCGGAUCCCUAACCUCCGGGUCCCUUGGUCUGCACCCAUCCAUGCCCCUGCUGUACCCAGCUGGACACGGCUGUAACGGAGGAGACAACGGGAGUGGAACUCCUCAGGAAGUGCCCUCCACCGCCCUCAAGAGACGCCCUCCUCUACCUGGGCCUAAACCACAAGUGCCCCCAAAGCCUCCUCACCUGCAGCAGAGUGCUGGUGCUCCUAGGCCCUGCCCCCGCGUCCCGGACAAGCCCCUCCCACCUCCCCCACCCUGCAGACCUCUGCCUGCAGACCCCAGAGGGGGAGGACCCUGCCGACUGCCGACACUCCCCCGCGCCGAGGGACGCUCCUCCCCCACCGCCUGUGUGCUCUCCCUCAUUGAGAAGUUUGAGAGGGAGCAGAUCAUUGUGGUGCCUGAUAUCAUGGGAGGGGGUCUCUGCAACCCCAGGGUCCCUGAGACAGGACCAGGUGGGGGCCCCUUCUCUCCCCCAGUCUCAGAGCUCACUCUCGGCUGUCUCCACGUGGCCUGCCCUCCUGGUUCCUCUCAAGAGCUGGAUGACCUACCUCAGGGGCUGGCUGUGUUGGCUGGCGUGGUGCUGGGAGAGAAAGCAGGAGAGACAGACAACAUGGAGGAGGAUAAUGAUAAAGAACACGAACUAGGAGCAUUGUGCUCUGCCUCUGACAAGCGCCUGUCCAUGGAGUCCGGUUAUAGCGCCUCAGAGAAACUCACAGACGCCGUGGCGAUAAGGGGGCAGGCGGAGCCAGAAAGCCAAUCAGGGAUCCCCUCUGACAACUUGUCCCUCCUCCAGCCGCAAGCGGACGGCAAACUGGCCAAUCGAGACUCUGGCAUCGACAGCAUCAGCUCUCCGUCCCACAGUGAGGAGCUGUGUUUUGCCGGCGACGAGGACCGGGUCAUCUUCCCCUGUAGUCCCGCCCUCACGCUGCCACGCCUCUCUAGCUCCUCCUCCUGCAGCUAUGCGGAGGGCCCGGGGGGAGAGGGGGCGUCGGCUGAGGGUGGGGGGGAUUCGGAGGGGGACAGUGACUUGGAGGAGGGAAGCGGGGAUGAGACCAUUGAGCUCAUCAACCCCAUGAUGGAUCUCCAACCUCUGGCACUCGCCCUCCCUAAAACAGACAGACAGGACUCUACAGAGCUGUCGGUGCAGCAGCGUGUGUUCAACAUAGCAAAUGAGCUCCUCCACACAGAGAAGGCCUACGUGUCUCGGCUGUACCUCCUGGACCAGGUGUUCUGCUCCUCCCUCCUAGAGGAGGCGCGCUCCCGCUCUUCCUUCCCUCUAGACGUGGUCAUGGGUAUCUUCUCCAACAUCUGCUCUAUAUACUGUUUCCACCAGCAGUUCCUGCUCCCCGCCCUGGAGAAACGCAUGGCAGAAUGGGAUGUGAACCCGCGCAUCGGGGACAUCCUGCAGAAGCUAGCCCCCUUCUUGAAGAUGUACGGAGAGUACGUGAAGAACUUUGACCGGGCCAUGGAGCUGGUCAACACCUGGAUGGAGAGGUCGUCCCAGUUCAAAGCCAUCGUCCACCACAUCCAGAGAGAGGAGCGCUGUGGUAACCUGACCCUACAGCACCACAUGUUGGAGCCGGUUCAGAGGAUCCCUCGCUACGAGCUGCUGCUGAAAGACUACCUGCACCGUCUCCCUGGCGACCAUGAUGACUUUAAGGAUGCACAGAAAUCUCUGGAGUUGAUCGCCACAGCGGCAGAGCACUCCAACACAGCCAUCAGAAAGAUGGAGCGUAUGCGUAAACUGCUGAAGGUGUAUGAGUUGCUGGGAGGAGAGGAGGACAUCGUUAACCCUACUAACGAACUCAUCAAGGAGGGACACAUCCUCAAACUGUCGGCUAAGAACGGCACCUCACAGGACAGAUACCUCAUCCUGUUCAAUGAUAGGUUAUUGUACUGCGUCCCUAAACUGAGGUUGAUUGGUCAGAAGUUUGGGGUGAGGGCCAGGAUUGAUGUGGAUGGGAUGGAGCUGAAGGAGAGCAGCAGUAUUAACGUUCCCAGGACCUUCCUGGUGUCUGGGAAACAGCGCUCACUAGAGCUCCAGGCCAGGACUGAAGAAGAGAAGAGAGAUUGGAUCCAAGCUAUCCAGGCCACUAUCCAAAGACAUGAACAGACGCUUGCCACGUUCCACCAUCUCAACUGUUCUCUCCGAGAUGAGGACUACACUCCUCCCAACUCACCUAACUGUAAUGAGCUGGGGAAGCGUGCCCCCACUCCGAUCCGUGAGAAGGAGGUGACUCUGUGUAUGAAGUGCCAGGAGCCGUUCAACUCCAUCACCAAGAGACGCCACCACUGCAAGGCCUGUGGACACGUGGUGUGUGGAAAGUGUUCAGAGUUCAGGGCCCGUCUGCUCUACGACAACAACAGGGCUAACAGGGUGUGCAUCGCCUGCUACACCACCCUAGUGGGGGUUCCCCCCUCCCCCGCCAGUCUGACAAGCAGCGCAUACAGAAGACGGUCAAUAUUAGAGAAACAGGCGUCGGUGGCAGCAGAGAACAGUGUGAUGUGUAGCUUCCUCCACCACAUGGAGAAGGGAGCAGGCAGAGGCUGGCAGAAAGCCUGGUUUGUCAUCCCAGAGAAUGAACCACUGGUGCUGUACAUAUACGGUGCUCCUCAGGAUGUGAAAGCCCAGCGCUCUGUCCCUCUGAUUGGCUUCGAGGUCUCCCUUCCUGAGUCAUGUGACCGCAUGGAACGCCGCUUUGCCUUCAAAAUCAGCCAAUCACACCUUACACUCUACUUCAGCGCCGACGGGGAGGAGCUACAGCGCCGCUGGACAGAGGUCCUAUCACGUGCAGGGAGAGGGGAGGAGCUACAGGCUCACGGUUCAAUCAUAGAGACCCUAGAGGAGGAAGGGGAGGAGACUGCAACCUCGGGAGAAAAUACGUGAUUGGUUAGAAGGCGUAAAAUCAGUGUUAGAUCAUCUGCUGUAUACACAUAAAAACUACAAACUACAAACUGUACAGAUCAUGAGCAGCACAUACGCACAGUCUAAAACUUACAAACACACACACACACACACACACACACACAGAUUUACAGACACACAGACACACACCUCUCUGUAUUUAAUGUCAGUGAUCAGUCAGUUGCAUGAUAAUCUGCAGGUCCGUUUCUUUCAGUCAGUGUAUUGCUCAUCGUCUCAUUAGUGAACCAGUGUUUGCAAUAACGAAACAAUGCCAGUCGAAGUGUUGCUCCCCUCCUCCCUUCAGAAGAAAUACAUUACAUGAAGAUUAGUGUGUCAUAGUGAUUUUACAUCCUUUCAUUCUGAUCACAGAACAGACAUCCUCCUCCGUACCAUUUUCCUCUGCCAAAAUCCAUGUUGAUGAUGUCAUGUUUAGAACAUUGAGUGGUUACUAUACUGUCUGAGUGUUCUAGGGUUCUGAGUGUUCUAGGGUUCUAUGGUUCUGAACGUGUGUAACUCUCCACAGAAGGAAGUAGAAAGCUGAUUAUACCCUACAGCUGUGUUUCUGUGUCUGUUCCUCAAUGUGAAAUGGCUGUUGUUUGGAUGGUGAUGGUGAUUGUAAUCCUAUCCUAUCUGUUACUUUCUUCCUAAUGCAAUGAGAUGAUUCCUGAAGGGCUGGACAGUGUUGGAAUAUAAUGAUGGACUGAGGGCUAACUGACCCCUGGACGGAGGGACGGACAGAGACUGUCCCUGAAUCCCUGGCCCUUUGGCUGAAGAGAAGAGGAAACGAUAUGGCUGCCUGCUACAACUGCUCGCUCCCGAGUCUGCUCCUGGGGAUGUUAAGCUACAGAUGGAGGAUCAUAAUAUGAGACAGUUUGCUACAGCUGGAAUCCUGCAGCAACAGGAAAUGUGAAUUAAUAUGUGGAUUAUAAAAAAUGAACCUUUUUUUUUUUUUAGUAGGGGUUGAUAAUGAAAAUUGUUAUGCCAAAUCAAGUCUGAAAUUUUAAAGUGUACAAACAAACAAACCUUAGAAGCAUUUUUUAAACCUUGAAUAUACUACAAGUUUGCACAAAAGAGUGAUCAAAUGAAGAUCCACCAUCUGUAUAGCCUUUCACGUCUACUCUGGGGGGAUGUGUUACAGUCUUACAGUCACCAAGUGGUAUCCUUCCUCCUCAAGCACUCUCUCUCGUCGGGUUCGGCUGUAUAGAAUUUAGAAUAUAGAAUUCCCCAAUUUGAAACUGUCCUUUUUUAUGGAAAAUUGUUUGCUUAGUUCUUGUACGGGGCUAGUUGUUUUGUACGUAGAGCGUGGAAAGAAGAUGCUGUUACAUUACCACAUGUAACGACUAUUAAAAGAAGAUUAAAAAAAAUAUAUAGAUAUUAUUUUUAGAGGUUUGACUCCAAUUGAAAAAGUUACGUUUCUGGCCCGUUUCUCACUUUUGACAAUUAGACACAGUGUUUUCUAACCGUUUAAAUCCCUCGAUGCCCAUGUUAUCUCUAGAGCCAAGGGCCCACUGAUGAAUAGAGGGGUUGAACCCGUUUAUAACUGAAUGCAUUCUUUAUUAAAAAGCAUGUAUUUAGUUCCUGACUUGCAGAAUCUUUCUGACUCCCUAAAACUGAACGCUUACAUUUUAUUUAAUUUUUUCAAGACAUCGGUCCCAAUGUCUUGACAAGUGUUAUAACACAACCCUCUGCCAUCUAGUGGAGACAGACAGUAUUACACUGUGUUACAACACACCCCUCUGCCACCUAGUAGAGACAGACAGUAUUACACUGUGUUAUAACACACCCCUCUGCCAUCUAGUGGAGACAGACAGUAUUACACUGUGUUAUAACACAACCCUCUGCCAUCUAGUGGAGACAGACAGUAUUACACUGUGUUACAACACACCCCUCUGCCACCUAGUAGAGACAGACAGUAUUACACUGUGUUAUAACACACCCCUCUGCCAUCUAGUGGAGACAGACAGUAUUACACUGUGUUAUAACACACCCCUCUGCCAUCUAGUGGAGACAGACAGUAUUACACUAAGAGCAGCUGCAAAAAGCAGGAAAUUAGUUAUCGCCGGUUUGUCUCUGGAAGAGACGGGGUGAGGAGGUAUAGAAAGACUGAUGAAAUACGCGACUGUCCAUAAAAUCAUUUCUCUUUCUAAAACAUGGUAAUAUAGCUGGAGCUUCUCGUGUCUGAUAUGUAUUUAUAAUAUUGUACUAAUGGAGCCCUUAUUAGAGACAUUGACAACGACUUCCCAAUCUCCACCGAUCUGUUUAGGCUACGGUACAUUGGGAUGUUGAGUGAGAAAGCAUGUUGUGUUGACAGAUUUACAAUAGAGAGAGAGAGAGCGAGAGAGAGAGAGAGAGAGUGAGAGAGAGCGAGAGAGAGAGAGAGAGAGUGAGAGAGAGAGCGUGAGAGAGAGAGAGAGAGAGAGAGAGAGACAGAGAGAGAGACAGAGAGAGACAGAGAGAGAGGCGGGGAAGGGAGAGCCUAAGAGAUUUCAGAAAUGGCUUCUGUUUGUAUCAUUCUAACCAGUGGUAUGUGACUUUAUGAGAGUGUUUUACUAGUUAAUACAGAGAAUGAUACAGUAUAUAUGAAACAGCAAAAAUAGAGUUGAAUAUUUUAGAUGUUUUAAUGAAUCUGGGUUGUUUAUGUAGGUUUGAAAAUAGUUUUUUUUUUUUUUUUUUUUUUUACAUGCAUUUGCAUUGUAAAUAUAAUUUAUUCUCCUCUCGGCCCAGUUUUGUGGGUGAGGUGUAAGUCUACAUGUGUCAUUGCUGUCAUGUUGGUGCUGUCUAGAUUGAACUUCAAAUUAUCGUGGUUGAACUACUUUUGGAAAUCCCAGAACUUCUCAUUGACCACUAACUACAGUAUUAGUCUGAAGAUGAUGAUGUUAAUUCACAUAACGUAAAGGGAAUAGAUACUAGCCUGGUACCAGGUCUAUUUGUGCUGUCUUUGCCAACUCAUCCAUAAAAACAUCCAUUGGAGUUGGCAAGACAGCACCAACAGAUCUGGGACCAGGCUAAACUGAAACGUUGUCUGUGUUUUUUACCCCUAAACUAGUAACUCAACGUGGUGAUUGGUCGAUCGAUGAAUUCCAAAGGUAUAUAUUUUUUUUAAAUACAGCUGAACAAUUGUUUUGGAUUGAUAUUGUUUUGUUAUUGUUGCUCUUUGUUGCCUGAGAGAAACAUUCAGUAGCUUAGCUACAGUAUAAUAACGCCAGAUAGACAAGACCAGAUAUAAGGUGCCGUGUGUAAAUAUUGACAUUCCAGUGUGUGCUUGACUUGCCGUCCAUCCAGCCUCUACUGUACCUAGCCUGGUCCCAGAUCUGUUGGUGUUGUUUAAACCAACUCUGUGACAACUCUUGAGCUAGCAGCACAAACAGGUCUGAGACCAGGCCCGCCCACUUCAUGUGCCAAGAACACAGAUUCAAAGUGUUGGUUUAAAUCUGAAUACCUAUACAUUAGGUUACCCCACGUCCCCUCUAUGAAAAAGUGUUCAUGUUGAAUUAUAGCAGUGCCAGACCUACUUUUAUCUAUCUGCACUAUAGUGUUGAUGAGUGUCAGUCUUGUCUACAAACAACACAGACAACAGGACCACGACUGUCUGCACAAAUAACAAUACUGUCGAUAAAGUUUAUAUCAAUUAGUUUUGCCGGGACAGCUACUUCCUGUCUCAUUACAUUACCAUGGUAACAGCCACAACAUGCCUUACAGUGCAGUCUUAUAGCUUCUUAGACAUAAUCCCUCAACACCGCUUUAUGUUACCUCUGCUUUUGCCAAUGUACACUUGGGGAUACUACGAUACGAUUGAGGCUCUCAGUGUAACGGAUGUGAAACGGCUAGCUUAGUUAGCGGUGGUUCUGGUGUAACGGAUGUGAAACGGCUAGCUUAGUUAGCGGUGGUUCGCGCUAAAUAGCGUUUCAAUCGGUGACGUCACUUGCUCUGAGACCUUGAAGUAGUGGUUCCCCUUUGCUCUGCAAGGACCAAGGCUUUUGUGGAGCGAUGAGUAACGAUGCUUCGUGGGUGACUGUUGUUAAUGUGUGCAGAGGGUCCCUGGUUCGCGCCCGGGUAUGGGCGAGGGGACGGUCUAAAGUUAUACUGUUACAUGAGUCCAUAUAUUUAUUUCAUUAUUUUUGCGUUUUAUUUUUUUAAUCUGCGGUUUGUAUUCAUUUAUUGGUUUUACUCCAAAGUAUUGUUUUAUUUCGCCUGAUAGCCGGUAAUAUUGAACCUUCAGACAAAAUCGAAAGUCAAAUGAAAUAAUCUCUAAUAAGACAAUGCUACAAUAUAUUCUGUAGUUAUAUAAAUCCUGGACUGUUCUUCUUUUUCUUCUUUUUUUACAAUUUAGCUCCCUUUCCAGCUCUUCCACAACAUUCCUAUUGGAAUACACUACAGUACGUUGUAUUUAUACGGAUUAAUUUCCCAAUACUUCCAAACGUAUUGUUGAACUGUAUUGUAAGACAUGAUUAUGUUUGUUACAAUGUAAAAGUCUAGAGGACUAGAGGUACUCACGCUUUCAAGGGCAACUGCUGUGUGUGCCUUGUGUGAAGAUCAGGAAUUUGCAAAGUUUUGGGGAAUUUUACCAACCAUCUUUACUACAAUAUACAAACUUUAAAAAAAAUUGUCUUUCAUUGACAUCUACAUGAACUUGUUUGAACAUUCUGUGAAAUAAUAAUGAGACAUACAAACAUGCUACACACAUUACAUGUCACUGUAACUAUGGGUGUGACUGUAACUAUGGAUGUUACUGUAACUAUGGAUGUUACUAUGGAUGUUACUGUAACUAUGGAUGUUACUGUAACUAUGGGUGUUACUGUAACUAUGCGUGUUACUGUAACUAUGGAUGUUACUGUAACUAUGGAUGUUACCAUAACUAUGGGGGAAGUGUAUACAGUACACACAUGUCACAUGUUAAUCUUGAAGUGCUUUGAAAUUCUAUAAAAUGUAAUAAAUUAUUAUUAUUGUUAUUAUUACAUGAUUGUUACCUUAACUAUGAUGGGAUACACACAAGUUACAUGUGGGUUAGUUUAACCCUGACGGGAGAUGUGUAAACAGACACGUUACAUGUGUGUUAGUUUAACUGUGUUACAGGGUUUAUACAAACAUGUUGGAGUGUGAUUGUUACUGUACCUUGACGGUAAAUGGGAUAUACAGACAGACAGGUAGAAGUAGUGACUGGUGUGUUUACAGUAACGUCCUGUCAUCAGCUUAGUGGCCCUGUACACUGCUCUGCUCUAGUCUGCCUGCCAUUACUUUUAAUGCUGUUGUUAUUCAUCAACAUCCAGGGUUGUGUCUGAAAGGCACCAUGUUCACUAUAUAGUAUAGGGCACUACUGUUGACCAGGGCCCAUUGGGUCACCCAUACAAUUCUGUCACAUUGGUCAAAUGUUGUGCACUAUGUAGGGAAUAGGUUUCCAUUUCGGAACACAUCCCUCGGUCUCUGUUGAGCUCACCCUGAUAUGAACCGUCAGUACGGUAAGGAGGAUCUUAGCAUCUUGUUACAGUGAACCAGAACGGCCUGGACACGGAAAAUACAUUGGCAAAAAUAUGCAAAUAAAGCUUCUGGAAAUGUGUUAUAGUCUCACUGAGUGUAAAGGUCAUAAUGUGAUACAGUUAUUUCCUCUUUUCGUGAAUGACACAACAGUAGAUAUGUUUUUAUUGUCAACAGGAAUGAGUGUCACUGUUAUUAUAAUUAUUAUUAGGAUUAUUCUUAUUACUAAUAAUAAUAUUAGUGGCAGGCCACUGGGUACCAUUGUUUGUCGAUAUACAUAUGAAAUCUGUGCAAGAUAACGAUGAAAUGUUUAUGAGUUAAAAAAAUAAAAUAAAAGGAAGACUACA